AAUUUUGCAAGUGUUUUUAAUAAUUUAACAAAAUCAAUCAGUCCUCUUUUGAACAAAACGCCAGGAGUUGUAAUUCAACAAACCAGGAAUACAUUUGUACUGAAACGACAGUAUAAGCUUCCUCUUCUUGAAAAAGGGGCUCAAAUAAAAAAUUGGAAAAAUCGAUACUUCAUCUAUCAACUAGUUGAAAACCGAAAUAAUAGAAAGAGAGAACAGAUUGAUGUUAUUCUGAAAACUUUUGUUGAAGGGAUGGGUGUACGUGGAGAUAAGCUAUCAUUGUCUCCAUAUUAUGCGUACAAGCAUUUACUUCUUCCUGGCCUGGCAGCGUACGCUACGCCGGAAAACAUUAAAAAGUUUCAAGAAGACAUUGGUGUUCCUCAGCAAGCAUACUCUUCGCCAUUCGUACCACAAACUAUAAGACUUCUUGGUGAAUUUUUACUUCAAGUUAACAUGUCAGCUGAUAAUCCUUGGACAUUGGCUACUGAACACGUAUGGUCUGCUUUUCGUGAGAAUAAAAUUCAUAUGAGCAGAGACAGUGUCACGUUGCCCGAGCGACCGAUAAAUGGUCCGAAUCUUGAGAUGGAAAAUAAAGAAUUCUAUGUGACUGUCACGAUUAAUCAAAGGGAAAAGAUUAACGUUAGAUGCAGAAUUAGAUACCGUAGUAAUGAUCCAAAUAAAUUAAUGCCAGAUCCUGAUGCUCUUCUCAAAAGAUCUGAGCCAAUUUACCCCGAAUUUAAAGCUGUUUUGGACGCAAUACCCGUUCAUUCUCAACUAAAGCAAAAAUUACAACAGGAUUCUAGUACCCUUAAAAACUAUGAAGAUGAUGUACAUUUUGUGUGGGAUGAUUUUCGCAAAGAAUUGGCAAUAUUUGGAGCUCAUGAGCAGGAGGAUCAAAAAAUAAAAUACCGAAGACAGAGAAAGAAAAUAAUAGAUAAAUCAAAAAUUUAUUGUCCUCAUGCGUAUUUAAUUUUGAGUUUCUCAGAUAUUUUGAAUUCUAAUCAAAAAUUAAGAUACCGCAGGUAUUAUCUUCGUAAAGUAAGUCCUAAUGAACCAGACGUUAUAAUUCUCCAAGACAUAAAAAAUCUUGUUUUGUACUUAUUGACAACUCCGGUGAGCCUUCAGUUUAUAAAUUUUUUUCACCUUCGUAUCGUCGAUCGUCUACUGCGAGCACUAAUAAUUUACUUCCAAUCGUACACUCAAAUAUGGGAAGAGGAAAUAAUAAAAAAGCGAACUCCAGUGACUAAAAAAGCACGCAAUCAACUGGCUAAAGGUAGCAGACUGAAAAAAGCUGAAGAAAUGAGUACUCUAAGAAGUAUUGUAGCUCGAGAGUACUGCGAACUGUUGGUUGGAUGUGAAGAAAGUGCCAAGUAUCACCAUAUGCUGGCUGGUUCGUCUAUUGAGUCUCAUGGAGAAAAAGAUCUAAGAAUUUUUGAAGUGUUUAUUCAGGUAGCUCAUCGUGUAGUUUGGAUUGCGUUGCAGAGAAAAUAUUACAAUUUAAUUGAAGUUGAACUUCACAGACUACUGAGAACUGACGCUUAUAAUAUAGCUGAUCGUAAAACUGGAUAUGAAACCAAUAAAGGGAUGGAUGAAGAAGAAAAAUUUAUUCUUCAUGGAUCUGAAAUGUUACCACGUAGAAAAUUAUUAAUCAAUUCACCAUUGUCUUAUCAAUUACUUAAUGAAUUCAAUGACUAUAGACUAGUUUCUCUGGGACUGAUUAAUUCAGAAUCAAAAGAUCCAAGAAUAAACUAUUUGAAAAAUGCACUACUUGCUGAUGAAGAAAAUAUACAGAAAUUAAGAGUUAAAGUUGGAAUUUUAGGACAUCAACGCGCUAACUAUGACAUUACUUUGGUUCCAAUCGACGGUGAAAAUGAAUUGGAUAGAGAGGAAUUAUGGGAACGACGCAGAAGCUCAUUGUCUGAUAAACGAAGAAAAAGUCUAAGUCUAGAGCAAGAGCCAUUGGAACUUCGAGACUUUGGAGAUGAUUUAGAACUUUCAGAUGUUUACGACUUAUCAAAAGUACAAGUGGUUGAAGGAAAGUACGAUAAAUAUCGAGAGGAAGCAAGGAAAAAAUGGAUAAAACGGGAAUUGAAUCGUCAGUCUUACUCGUCAUACUCAGACGCAAUCUCUAUUAUUACUACUACUGAU